AAAAUUUGUUGAGGAAAUAAUGCAAAUAUGGCUAGUAGUGUUUCACAGCAAGCAAUAGUGAAUUCCGCUGGUUUAAAUGUAAAUCAGAAGAUUUGUGGCGGUCGCUAUGAUUUUGAGGACGGUGGUACAUUCUGUGGUGGAUGGGAGGAUAAUAAAGCACAUGGUCACGGUGUUUGCACGGGUCCGAAAAAUCAAGGUGCUUACUUUGGGGCUUGGCAUUAUGGAUUCGAGGUGUCAGGGGUUUAUAUAUGGCCAAGUGGAUCUUCAUAUGAAGGACAUUGGCAGAAUGGAAAAAGACAUGGUCUUGGAGUUGAAACCAGAGGAAGGUGGAUAUACAGAGGAGAAUGGACACAAGGUUUUAAAGGACGGUAUGGUGUAAGGCAAAGUGUGUCAUCUACUGCCAGAUAUGAAGGUACAUGGGCAAAUGGCCUUCAAGACGGAUACGGGUCUGAAACUUACGCUGACGGAGGUAGCUAUCAAGGACAGUGGCUGCGAGGUAUGCGUCAUGGGUACGGUGUGCGAACAUCGGCUCCUUUUGGUAUGGCAGCUCGUUUUAGAACAAAGAAUAUCAGAGCUUCAAUGACAUCAAUAAGAAGCAAUGACGGUAACAGUAAUCAGUUGAUAUCUCCAGAUGCAAUGGAAAAGCGAAAUCACAGAAUAGAUGAUGCUCGGGGUGGUUUUGUCUUGAAAGCUAAGUCCGAUGAACCACCAGCUAGACGAAACAGUUUAGUGGAAAAGACAAAAAAAGGAUUGUUAUCCGGUCUAAAGAUAAGAAAACAGCGCAGUACAGGUGAUUUGGAAAAACGCGGAGCUGGAUCUGGAAGUAUUCGUUCAACUGCUUCCAUUGCAUCCUGGCUGAGUACAGAGUCCUCACAGUCAGGAAUGACCAACAAAUCAAUGCAUACAGAUUCCAAUGCUAGUUUUAUCGUAGAAGACGAGCAGCUUGAUGGAAGUGUGACUGAAACGUAUAUGGGUGAAUGGAAGAAUGAUAAAAGAUGCGGUUAUGGUAUUUCGGAAAGAAGCGAUGGAUUGAAGUACGAAGGUGAAUGGUUUUCUAAUAAGAAGUAUGGUUAUGGUGUUACGACUUUUAAGGAUGGAACGAAGGAAGAGGGAAAAUACAAAAAUAAUGUAUUAAUUACUAGUCAAAAGAAACGACAUCUAUUUCUUAUUCGAUCUGCCAAGUUUAGGGAACGAAUAGACGCUGCGAUUGAUUCAGCACAACGAGCAUCGAAGUACGCUUUACAAAAAGCCGAUAUAGCAAUUUCAAGAACAGCAACAGCUCGUGGUAAAGCUGAGCUUGCUGAUGUAGCCGCAGAUCAAGCUCGUGAAGAUUCAGACGUUGCAAUACAGAUGGCUAAAGAAUUCGCUCCCGACUUUAAACCGCAAUUGUUAGAUCGCUUUGAGCGACUAAAACGGGACCGUUGCAGGCUAGAUUAUUCUAUAAAACCGGCAUCAAUUGAACAAUCUAAAUUUAAAGCCGGUGAAAACGUGUCUAAGCAACAACAAUCCAAUCAGGUGCCCACUGGAUCGCCACUGCAAUCACAACUACAACAACCGAAUUUUAAUCACGACCUAGGUAGUGAUUUUUAUGACAAUGGAUACUCUAAUUCGCAACAGCAAAUAUCAAAUUUUAAUACGACAUUUAAAGCGAACAGUAGGAAAUUAUCUCAAACAUUUGAUCGAAAAACUCAGCAAAGCUCUGCAACAGUAUCAAAUAUAGCAAAUAAUGUACAAAGCACUCUUAUAGCAUCCAGCAAACAAUCGGCAAUGCAAUCCGAAACGCUGAAUAAUCAUCAGCGGCAGCUUGAUUCAAAUUAUCCUGAAAGGCAGAGUUACCAGCAAUUAGAUUUAGAUCGUUAUCAGCAGGAAAACAUCACACGAAAUUCCAUUCAGACUUCUAGUUCAGUAAAGCCUACACCAAUGCUAAGUCAAACCAAUCAAACUUCUAUCGAUUAUUUUGAUCAUUAUAAGCGUCCUCCUAGCAGAGACGGCUCGGUAGAUCGGUACUCAAGGGCUGCGAGUAGGUUAGGUGGCAAUCAAUCGAGACAAUCCUCAGUAGAUAGAUCUGGUCAGUAUAUCGCCAGCCAAGUCAUUGCAAAUGAAAUUGUGCCUGAUCGGUCAAAUCGAGCCGGUUCACAGUUACGAGGCGUAACUCCCAUGCAAAAUAUUUCUCAAAAUAACAGCUCAAUGCCUACUGGAAACGGAAUUGGUCCGUUAUCUCCGACUAGAGCUGUAAGUCCAUUUCAUCAACCAUUGAGUGAUUCUGGAAAUAAUCAACCUUUCGAGGAAGUACUUCUACGACAACGUACUCUCGGCCAAGAUAUUAUUCCAUCGUUAUCACAACCUAAGCGAACCGAAAGUUUGUAUCUUUCCAAACCUAGUGGUUUGCAAAGCGAACCGAAAGGAAGUAUUGGUGUCGGUAUAGCUAUGAGCAAAGGUGGGCGUAGUGCUGGAGGUGCUGGUAACGGAAACGGAAUGUCUAGAGCUCCAAAGUCAGUUCCAGUUAACGUUACCCUCCAGCGAAAGAAAUCUUUACCAGAUGUUCAACAGCUACCUUUCGCAACUAGUACUAUGAGCAGAGAAGAAGUGUCGAUGCUUGGCUCUGCACGGAGAGAGGAAGUGCGGCGACAGAUAGACGAAUCAGAGCGUUUGAAGGCUAAUCCAUUGUUAUAUCUAGUCAGUCCAAAAGUAAAGGAUUGGUUUUCUCGCCAGCAACUUGUAAUGUUGGUGUUGAUUAUAAACAUAGCCUUAGCCAUUAUGUUCUUCAAAAUGCUAACAUAGCGUAUCCUGAGCUCAUGUUUGCGUUUCAGUGCAACACUGGGUAAAACAUUUGUGUAUGAAAAAGCUGGUAAAGAGGAUGAUAUUUAAGCGAACAUUAUGAGAUAACUAACUAUUCGCUGCUGCGCGUAUUUUAAUUCCUGGAAUUUAGAACCGACACUUCAAUUAGCCGACAAUGUAAUCACGCGAGUUGCAUCGAUUUGCCAACGGACUGAACGAGAAAGUCAACACCUUUUACAAUCAUAAUUGGUAGUGUUAAAGAAUUAUACAACAAAUCCAUGUGAAAAAGUAUUUUAGCAGAUUUUGUUCGAAAUGCGCGUACUCGUCACUUUUUGAAAGUUUUUAUUCGUGUUUCUUUAUUAUCAUUCAGGUGCAUCUUUCUAAUGAUUAUCAUUUUGUCUGUUAGUAUACGCAAUCGCAGCGGGACGUGAC